GUUUCGUGUUCGCUGAAUCCAGUUAUAAAGUAAUGGACAAUACAAAGGCAAUAUAUAAACAUAGAAAACACCGGUAAGGUUCAUAAGUUGGAAGAGUUCUCCGUCGAAAUACUUGUGGGAUGGCCCGUUGAGUAAUGCGAUAGUGAUAGUGGUGCAAAAGUGUAAAAGCAAAUCAGUUUAGUGAAAAAAACCUUGCUAGAGGAGUGCAAAAUUUUCAAGCAAUUUUUACAAGAAAAAAAAGUUCACUCAGUUAAAAGUGCAGCCUGUGUCUGUGUUGGUGAUAUUAAAAAUUACGAUAAAAAGAACAAAGAGUACAUUUUGCCCAAGCGCAGAAUUCAAAGAAGAAGUUUUGUUCCAUUUUGUUGGAUUAUAAGGUGAAAGCGUACCCUCAAGGUGAAAAUAAUUCCUAAGAUUCAACUUGUACUUGGAGGUAUCGCACCGCUAUGGGGCCUGUUCUUGAUUUGACUGAUGAGGCAUCAUUUAGUGAGUCCUCUCAAGACACAACGGCAAGCACAGACUCGAGGUUUGAGUUGACACAUGAAUUAAAGGAUCGUUCCAGCGGCCAAACGAACGUGUCUGCGGAAUCCUCUGACAGUGUCAUUUCAACCAGUUUUUCGGUCAUUAACUAUGUGGGUAAAGCUCAAAGGAAAUCAUUGCAACGAUCCAUCGGACGAGGCCGCAAACCGUACAACCGUCAGCAGGCAUCUCCUCGCACUAGUCGUGUAGAAUCGACAGAUGAUACAACCAAUUCUUCGGUAGGGUCGUCAGUUGACUUCAGUUCAGAGAGCGCCUCUAUUAUAUCGGUUCCUAUUGUGGAGAACAUUGCGGAUAUGGUUGACCUUGAUGAUAACAAUAGCAUGGAUGAGCAACAUUCACAACAGCAACAUCAGAACAUAGGACAAAAUCAGCAUCGGCAGGCUAAUGCUGGUCCUCGCAACCAGCGAUCUCUGAGUGUAUCGUCCAGUGGAUGUUCGAGCUCGAUGGAUGAUCGAAAUAGUGAUUUUUCUCCGUUGGGAAGCGCAAGCAGUUGCCGAUGCUCGUCCCUCAGUAUAUCGGAUUUCGAUGAUGAUGGUUUUCGCGAAGACAACAGUGUUUCGUCAAUGUACUCUGCAUUAUCUUCAGCCAGGUCCUACCAGAGGCAUCACCAGUUACAUCACCGCCAUCAGAACGUGCCACAUCAUCCAAACAAUACCAAGGGAUUGUUCGAUAUUGCCCUGAAGACUGUUAAAUUAAUUCGGCGUAAUCAGGAACUACAGAGCCGGCUCGCUCAGUUACAGCAGGAAACCAAAGCAUUCAUAGAAUCCGUAAUGGCCAAUCCAGAGAAUGAACCACUGCGAAAUCGGUUCCACGCGACGACUCCGAGCCGGACAAGCACACCCGCGCUAGUAGUUCAGAAAUAAAUCUGCACGGCACUGGAUGCCACCUAGUCAGCGCACUUUCAAUCAACAUUUGUCAGAAGUUUACAUUUCAAAACGGUUUAUGUGUAAAAUUGUCUGGACUCCAGACGCUAGAGGAGCUGAUUGUUCGUGUUUCUUCUCACAAAUGUUCUGAAGAGUCGACCAAAGCGCAUCAAAAACUGCUUAAAGGAGCAAAGUUUCGUAAUAUAAAUACGUCUAGUAUUGAUUGACUAAUGAUGUAGCUUUUGGAUUUCUUUUUUUCUGUGUAGUAUGUAUAGAGUACAAUAAUUUAUUUGAUCUUUUUACUGUCAGCGAUGACGUAGUACUAUUCUGAGAACAAUCACCACAAUCAUAUUUAUAUAAGACUAAGUGCGAGCUUCUCCUGCCGAUGAUGUACGUUGCGUGGAACGCCUUGAUCAAACUGUCGGCUAUUAUAAUUUGCAAGUUAAAUAUCUGAUUUCAUAGCCAUUUAGCCAAUAAACUUGACAAGCAAUCAUCCCUAACAUUUUUGUUAAUUGCAUUUAUUUCAUGUAAAAUGUUAGCCUAAAAUUGAUACAGAUAAGUGAAUAAUGAACAUACUGCAAAAGUAAAAAAAGAUUGGUUCUGUUCUAAAACUUUAAAUCCUAAGGAUACCUAGUGAUAGUUGCUUCUACAAUUAAAACAAGACUAAACAAUAAACAUAUAAGCAAGUAAGAUUACUGUUAUUUAUUAUACUUUCUUCUAGCCAUUAAACAUUU